UUACUGACAUUUUGGUUCAAUCAAUUACUGUUGUGUACAACUCGGUGCGGUUAUAUAGUCGAAUAGUAGCUAACUUUAAACUCCAUGUUAAAUGUGAACACCUCCAUGUGAAACCGGAAUAUGAAAAUCGCUCAUGCAGUUAGAAAAAAGCAGCGCAUUUUUCGAUUUCAAUCCUCGUAAAUGAUAUGUUGAUAAACAAAUGACGCCAUAUUGAUUUUGAUUUUGAUUAGACAUAUUCAAUUGAUGUCUAACCCCUGGAUAAACCACGAUAUUUAGCUAAACCACCAGAAAAGAAUAACUGAAAAUGUCAUGGAUUUUGGGUGUUUCGUCCAGAUUUAUUCGUUCAUCUCCGCUUACAUUAAACAACCUAUUGUAUUGCACAACCACUUCAACGCCCAAAGUGGACGAUGCGUCUGUAACUAAACAGAGGAAAAUAAGUAAAGCUAUGAAAUCAUACCUGGAACGUGCGAGAGGUCAUGAUGAGUUUAUGAAAGUGCAAAACUUAGAAUAUAAUCUUGGCAAACGCCACCUAGCCAAUAUGAUGGGAGAAGACCCUGAAACGUUCAACCAAGAUCAAAUUGACGAGGCUAUUGAGUAUCUAUUCCCGUCGGGGCUGUAUGAUAAAAAAGCGCAACCGAUGAUGAAAACACCUGCAGAUAUAAUUCCUCAGAGGAAGGCUGCCGAAUUCGAUGAAACUGGAAGACCAUACCACAGUUUGUUUUUCACCGGAAGGCCUAAUUAUUACAAACUCUUAUUUGAUAUACACGAAAGCAUCCAUAGUUUGAAUGAAGUAGAAAAUCGAAUUGUGGUAAAACAUGUGGAUCCGGACCUUUCUCAAAAAUUAAGUGCCGUAGGAUCUGAAUGGAUUUCAAAAAAUAUUUUAGAGAAGAAACUACUUGAAGAUAUUUCUGAUAAAGAGUAUGAGAACUUUGUAAAUGCAAUGUCACGCCUCAUGCAGCAUCCCAUUUCAUAUACAAAAAAAUAUUUUAUCGAAAAUUAUCGAAAGCCAUUAUUAACCAAAACACACAUAAGCCAAAUACCAAAACCACAUAUCGAUGAAAACGGAAGGAGUUUCAUCACAGUUUAUGAGUGUCUUAGGAAGUCAGCACGAGGAGACGUAACAGUUUAUUUCCCUGGAACCGGCAAGAUUAGCGUAAAUGGACAAGAUAUUACUUACUUCGAAGAUGUGCAGUCGAGAGAACAGGUACUAUUUCCUCUUGUGUUUACCAACAUGAUUAACAAAGUUGACAUCGUGAGCAACGUUCAAGGAGGAGGUUCAUCUGGGCAAGCUGGAGCGAUUCGUUGGGGAAUCUCCAUGGCGUUGCGCAGUUUUCUCGACACAGAAACCAUUGAUCGAAUGAGAAUAGCCGGAUUGUUGCAACGCGACUAUCGUCGAAGGGAGCGAAAGAAACCCGGACAGGCUGGGGCCCGCAGAAAGUACACGUGGAAAAAGCGAUGAAAUGUAUUAAGCUAUCAAUUUUAUUCCUACGAAACAAAUGCUUGAUACGAAUAAACCCAAAAUUACAUAUUCAACAA